UGAGAGCUGUUACAGACGACAACGACCUGGUAUUCUAGGCCAAAACCCGAUGCAAUUUGGGCUACUUCGAAACUUCCAAGCACUGUGUUUAAACACACGAUUGAAAACCCGUUGCAUUUAAGUAAAGUCUCCAAGUGUUUAAACAAACGAGAGAGGAUUAGCUACAAAGUUGCGGAUACACAAUUCUGUGAUUUUUUAAAGAAAUGUAAUUAUUGACAUGAACUGAGUGGGGGAAGGAUUCGGAAGGCCGUGUAUAUUUUCAUAUGGCUUCAUGCUAUAAUUGGCAAAUAGGAAUAAUUUCGGAAAGGCAACUUAAUCAAAUUUAAUGGAUUCAAUCUAUAAGUCGUGGCCUACGGGCGUUGUUUGUCUAAAUGUAUUAAAAGGGAAAAAUCUUCACAAACCCCUUUUAACCUCAUAAGGGAAACAUAUUAAUGCAAGUUUUGAUUUGAUCACAAUGGUGCACACAAACAAGAUCGGAGAUAAGGACGGGAGAACAAAAUAUAAAGAGGUAUUGAGCAGCACAAGCCUUAAUCACAAUACAUACCGAUGUCAGGGUCAAAAGAAAGACAGGAGAAGCAAAAGUCACCCGAAUGUUAAAGUAAAGAACCAGCUUCGUUACCCAUCCGAUGGAGAUAUCGGAUAUUUUCUACAGGCUUCCUCGGAUGAGAAUCUUCCUCCUGUUCCUCUCGCAAGACCAGACAGCGAAGAUGCUGUAGCUAGGAGACACCGAAUUCUGCGGAAGUACAGUACGUCGUAUAGUAUAACGAAGAGGUUCUGGAGCAAACUUGGGAACGACGACGAAGAAGACGACAGUAAGAUGGAACAGUGGUCAAAGAUCAAAUCAAGCGUUUCUUUGGGAACCGUUAUUUCUCGCGUGUUUAUCGAAAACAAGGAAAAGAAGAAGCUAAUCAACCCCUUUAAAGUUAGACAGGAACUUAGAAAGAGAAGACUUUACUCAUUGUUUCGAUUCGCUGGCAGACUAACCAUUCUCUGUGCACGCUUGGCCAAAUCCCAUAGUCUUAGGUUUCGUGAGGAUGACGACGACAUAUCACCAUACAUCAAAGGACUUACCUUCCACGACUACGAUAACCAGCCCGACCUCAUGUUUGACAAGUCCCAGUUCAAGGCCAAAAAGUCGAUUCGAGUACCAGAGGAGACCAAGAGAAUAUUAUGCAAGCCACCGUCGCAACGAACUGAACAAGAACUUUACUCGGUACUUCUGACCCUUCGUAACAUUGAGGCCUUCGCUGCUUAUCCCAACAGAAUGCAGAAAAUGAUAGUGGCCGUCGGACAGUAUGAAAGAUUUGAAGCCAAACGAAUCGUCGUUAGACAAGGUCAUCCGGGUUCCUCGUAUUAUUUCAUGCUUUCUGGCGCAGCUGUUGUUAUGGUGAUGGAAAAUCCAAAUUCGUAUGCUCGCCCAAUAAAACAUUUAGAGAAGGGAAUGGACUUUGGUGAAAUUGCUUUGACUCUCAACAUUAAACGACAAGGUACCAUUAUUACCAAAGAACCUUGUGAAUUGAUGAGCAUUGGGAGACGAGAUUACCAACGGAUAUUCAUGGCUGGGGGUGUUCGUAGUAUUAAUGAUCCCGACCAGGAGAAAUUCCUCAGAAAUUUGCCUUUCCUUCACAACUGGCCAUUAAAACUGCUAGAGGACGCCGGAGACAAGACGCAUUUCCUCUUCUUCAAGCGGGGUGCCACAAUCGUCAAAGAAACAGGUCUAUCACAAUGGCUGGUUAUCGUAAAAUCGGGAAGCAUAAGCAUUCUGAAGCGUUUAAAGAGGGUGGUGCCAUAUGAAUGGAAGCAGAAGAAAGAGAUUAAAUUUGUCACGGAAAAGGAAAAGCGGGAUAACUACGCCAAACGUCUCGUGCUCAGACGACACAUUUUGUCGGAACUCAAGAUUCCCUUGAAAGGAAAUACAGUUGAUAAUGAGGACAAUCAGUUUGAGGAAUAUCCUGGAAAAUACAAAAUUUUUAUCCACCCGGGAGAGGAACCACACCUUGCGGAGUUGGAGACAACCACGCCCCUUCUUGAAGGAUUGCCAGAUAUGAAGGAACAUAAUUCCAAGAGAAACUCUUUUCAAAAUAUCCAGAAGAAAUUUUUACCAAAACUUUCUGAAGCCUCCGGGGAAGAAACUGCCGGUGAUAAUCCAUUGUUUUCUAAUAUGAAUAAAAGGGAACAUCCUGUGUUUGGUUUAGAAAGAGAAGAAACGUCUUUUGAUAUAUUAGCCACACCGCCAAAAAAGAAAGUGCUGGAAAACAAAACCAAUCGUCGGCAAAGUGUUAUGGAAAAAGAGAGAGAAAUGAUGGGGUUCGAAGAGAAAACCCGGACGGUUCAAGAUGACAUUGAUAAUAUUACGAAGGAUCCACAAGAAUACACAUUAGCUGAUCUGAAACCUGAAUUCGUUCGAGUGCAGACUCUUAUCAAAGGCCAAGUUUUUGGUUUGUCGGACCUUAUAUUAGAGCAGAAGACUAGCUUUAGUAUUGUUAGCAACGGUGCUGACGUCAUACUCAUAGACCAACAAUUUUAUCUAAAGCAUGCACCCGAGAGGCUUCUUUCCAAAAUGAGACAAGAGUUGUGUCCCUAUCCAACAGAUGAAGACCUACAGACGCGUUUACAACAGACUGUUGACUGGGAUGCUUACAGAACAGAUACCAUGUCUAACACCCUUAAAUACCUCGAGACCAGACGACAUCUACGUCACUCACUAAAAGUGUAACAAAGAAUAAGAUAGGCAUACGUUUGUGGUCCUUGCUACUCAGUAAAUCAAGCUAAAUGAAAUGUACAUUAUACAUACACUAUUUCACGUGGCUUUCUCUGACAUUAUAAACAUACAGUAACGCAUGUCUGUCACAACUGUUUUAUGGAAUUGUGCGUCUACAGAUGCUCUCUUUACAGUUACGCUCCUUUGAGUUGGAUUGUAUGGGCAUGUAUAUUCUUCCAUUUACCAAAUUGGAUAUUAAAGAUAUCGACAAGGUG